GUUCCAUUAUUUCCAGACAAUCUUGAUGUUUCAUGAUCAAGUUGAUAAUUUCAGUUGAUCUCUCCCAAUUCCUCGUUUAACACACUAUGUACUCAAGGUUCGUUAUUUGUUGGAGAAACCAAGGAAUAUUUUUGCAACACCGUUUAUGUUUUUAUUCAUCUAAUCAUCCCAAACAAUCACCAACGUACAACGAGGUUAACAUAUUGAUGAUCGAUCGGAAUCUUCAAAAGGUUCUAUUUAAUUGUCAAAAAUACGACUAUCAAAAGGCUUCAUUUGAAGUACUCCAAGAGUUCUGUCGCCUGGGAAUUGACAUUACAUCUAAUAGACAUUACAAAGACCCGCUUUAUUUUAGUAUUCCUGACCUUAGUGGAAGUAAUGUUAAAGAGCAUUUAGACUCAGUUGCAAAAGAGCUUUCUCAUCCUUAUAUGAAAUUGUUAGAGAGUUUUGGUUCCCCACCAGACCUACCUAAAAUUUGGGAAUCCUCGUCUGGAUGGACAAAAUAUAACGGUGAUAAAACGUAUUCUGUCGAGGCACCUCUUGAAGAUGCUCUUAUUUUUGAUACAGAAGUUCUCGUUAAAGAAGGUCAUGUACCAACAAUGGCAGUAGCUCUUACGUCAGACGGUUGGUAUUCUUGGACUUCAAAACGUCUUUCUGUUUACGAUGAUAAUUACUCAAACGAUAUCAACGCAUUUAAUUCUCUUAUUCCUAUCUAUGGUUCAAAAAAUAAAGAUAUUUCAAAGUGUGUUAUUGGACACUUUGUUAGUUAUGAUCGUGCUCGAAUAUUGGAAGAGUAUCUUUUGGAUGGAACUGGACUUCGAUUUGUGGAUACUCUUUCUCUUCAUGUCGCUGUAUCGGGUUUGACUAGUACUCAAAGGUUCCUUAAAACAUCUGCAGACAAACACCUAUUUAACAACAAGACGUGGCAAGAGUUUAUUGGAAGGAAGAAUGAUAAACAACCACUAGGUGGAAAGCCUAGUUCAGAAGCUCUUGUUAUGGAUCUUGAUUGGCUCUCGGAAACUAGUUUAAACAGUUUACCUGAUAUUUAUCGUUUGUAUUGUAAAAAAGAACCACCACAAGAUAAACAAUUGAGAUCAAUUUUCGAAUCUGGAACUAUUGAAGAUGUUCGUACAAAUUUUCAGGAAUUGUUCAAUUACUGUGCCGUGGAUGUACUUAUGACGUAUGAAAUAAUACAAGUUUUGUGGCCUAUAUUUAAAGAGAGAUUUCCACAUCCUGCAACAUUUUGUGGAUUACUAGAAAUGAGUAGUAUGUAUUUACCAAUUAAUGAUAAUUGGAUUAAAUUUCAAGAAAAAGCAGAAUCAUCAUAUACGGAAAAUAUAUUAAGACAAAAGAAAUUGUUGAUGCAAUUAGCUGAUCAAGCAUUGGCUAAAUAUUCUAAUAGUCAAGAGUAUAAAAAUGAUCCAUGGCUGUGGGAUUUGGAUUGGUCUAAACCUAAAGUCAAAUGUAAGACUGAAGUUGACGAGAAGGUGUCUCGUCUUCCUAAAUGGUAUAGAGAUUUAAUUCCAAAACCAGUUAAAGAUAAUUUAGACUCUGGACCAGCUUUAUUAACUGCUCAAAUGCGUAUUGCACCAAAAUUAUUAAAACUCUGCUGGCAAGGUCUGCCGUUGCAUUAUGAUCGAGUGCUCAAAUGGGGUGUUCUCAUACCUGGACGUAUUCCACAACCCUACGGUGAUCCACAAUAUUACAUUGAGUCAUUUAAAAAUACUGAAAAUACAGAAUGUAUUGAUUCUAAUGAUGCAGAAAAGUUUUCUACAAACUCUAAUGUCUUAUGUCAUUAUGAUUCCUCAAUUCGUCCAAUUAUACCUGUUGUUAAAUCAACAGCUGCAGGUGACGAAACACUUGAUUUUCCCUAUGGAGCUUAUUUAAAUUAUUGGUUAGCUGAUGUAAAACGUCGUCUAUUAGCAGAUUUUCAAUUAAACGAAUCUACGUCAUCAUGUGAUAACUUUUCAGAUAGUUUAGCAGUUGCUUAUUCUCAUCGUAUAAAACCAGAUAUUCGUGAUGCGAAUUUACUAGAUGAAUUAAAACGUAGUAUUGAAAUUAUGCCUUUGGAAAAAGAAGAACGUCAACGACUGGCGUCUACAAUAAGUACUAUACGUAAAUUAGGUGAACAAAAACGAUUUCAAAUGGAUUCCAAGUUACAGAAAAUAAAGAACAAUAAUCACAAUGAAUUGAUUUAUGAGAAAGUGGGUGAAUUACAGGCUCAAGGUUCUGCUUUCUGGUUAAACUCCAAUCGGUUUGAUCAGAAUUCUUCGAACUAUUCAAAAUAUCGACGGCGCAAUGCUGUCCGAUAUGCAGUCGACACUGUAAAUCCUGUUAUACCGACAUGCUGGUUUAAACAUCUUCCUCAUGAGUCAGGUACUGGACUUCCAGUCGGUUCACCACUUUCUCGUUCAUUUCAAAGUCAUAUUGCAUCUCAUCGUUUACACAGUGCAAAUUUUAAUCCUAAUGAUACAAUUUCAGCAAAUAUUGAUACAAUAAAAUUAAAGCCAGUUAUGGGGUUAGCUGAUCGUUUACUUCAUGAUCGUGUUCAUGCUACAUUUUGGCAAAGUUAUUCAAAACGUAUUAAAUCUCAAAUGGCUAUUUGGUUACCACAUGAUCAACUACCAAAAAAUGUUUUAAAUGAUCAAUCGUAUAAUUGUAAGGCGAACUACGGAGCUAUUCUACCUCAAGUUAUAACUUGUGGUACAGUGUCUAGAAGAGCUGUUGAACCAUUAUGGUUAACUGCUAGUAAUGCUGAUGAAAAUCGAUUAGGAAGUGAAAUCAAAGCUAUGGUUCAAUCACCUCCUGGUUAUGUUUUUGUUGGGGCUGAUGUUGAUUCACAAGAAAUGUGGAUUGCUGCUUUAAUUGGUGAUGCAGGUGUUGGUUUUCAAGGUUCAACUCCGUAUGGUUGGAUGACACUACAAGGCAACAAACUUGAUGGAACUGAUUUACAUACAAAAAUAGCUAAAGAAAUGGGUAUUAAACGAAGUGAAUCGAAGGUGUUGAAUUAUUCUAGACUAUAUGGUUCAGGCAUUGAGUUCGCAUCGCAUUUAUUAGCAAAAUUUUGCAAUAUUACUCCAGAACAAGCUAGUUUAAAAGCAAAACAACUUUUUCAAAUUACUAAAGGACGCCGAACUAUUGUGGACUCUUUUGCUUCCAACGAUGGUACUUCAAUGUCAACGUCUAAAUGGCAGGGUGGAAGUGAGUCAGCUGUAUUCAAUCAGUUGGAGUCAAUUGCUCGUAGUCCAGAGCCUCGUACACCAUUUUUAAAUGCACAACUAACUCGUGCAUUGAAUCCGAAACUUGUUAAAGAUGAUUUUUUACCAAGUCGUGUAAAUUGGGUUGUACAAAGUUCUGCUGUUGAUUAUUUACAUUGUAUGCUUGUUUUAAUGCGUUGGCUUAUAAAUAAAUUUAAAAUUCCUGCACGUUUAUGUAUAAGUAUUCAUGAUGAAUUGCGAUAUAUUUGUCCGAAAUCAUAUAUGUAUCAAGUUGCAUUAGCUUUGCAAAUUAGCAAUCUACUGACAAGGACAUUCUUCGUCUAUCAAUUAGGCAUGCGCGAUUUACCAGAAGUAAGUUCUUUUAUUGGUACUGGCUUUUUGUUGAAAUAUCUUCCUUUUCACUAAUUGUUCAACCUUAAAAUAAUAUUAUGCUAUUAUUCAAUAAAUGAUAAUAGCUAUGAGCACGAGCUUAAUAUGUAUUCGUGCAAAUCACAGAUUUUUUGAAUAAGUCAAAAUAAGGCAAAUAGAUACGAUAAUCAUUUGGUUGGUUCAGAUUACUAGUUCAUCGUUGAAUUAUUAUAAAUGUAUGCUCGAUUGCUUGAUAGUUUAUGAAAACUGAACAUUUUAUACCAUUUCUUGCUCACGUAGAUGAUUUUUGUAGAGUUUCGCUUUCUGAGCUCAAUGAGGAACGAAACUACACUAAAAUUUAGACCAUAAAAAGGUAUGUGCGUUACUUUCAAGAUUAGUGAUUAUGUGGUGAGAAUAUAGCAUACGAAUAAGAAAAUCAGAAUCACAAGAGCUACUUUCGAAUUUUUUUUACCGAAAUGAACCACCGUGAUCUUUCAUCAUAUAGACAGAACAAUGAAAAAUACCAUCAAUAUUGUUCUUAGAACGUUUAUAUUAUUCACGUAUGUAUAUGACGUGCAGUUUUGUGAAUGAUCGUUAUUUAAAUGUAACUGAAAAAUACUUAUUUAUUAGAUUGUUGGAAAUUAAUCAACUCCAUAAAACUACUAUUUGUUCGGUAUGAUUUUACGUUCUGUUCCAUUUUCCUUGAUGCUAUAAUCGGUUUUUGCUGACUAAAUGAUAUCAUCGGCACAUUCAAAGACUACUACUAAAAAAUGAUAAAAAGGGGGAACAAGAUUUACGUAUAUAUGCACAUAUAUAUUGACUGAUGACAGAAGCAGUUUAUUUCCAGAUGGAUAAAGGUAGCCAAUUGUUCACAAUUAAAGAGAUAAGAAGGAAUAAUGAAUGUGUUCGAUUGUAGCAAAUUUUGAAUUGUGUCACGUGAGUUGUUCAACCACGGAUUUCUAUAUAUCUGGUGUCUCCCUGUACCAAUAUUUGUGCGUUCAAAUAGAUAAAUAAAUAAAUUAUCCUAAACAUCUACGGCAAUCUCAGGACUUCAGUCAGUCAUAAAUAAAAGGAUCUGGGUCAAAUAUUGAUUGGUUCAAGUUGUUACACCUCAGAUUAGCGCAGUGAAAUAAUGAAUUAUCACAAGAGGAAACAAACAAAGUCGAAAUAAUGAUAGAUAGAAUGUGUCGAACAGUGGAAUCCAGGACACGUAUUCUGUCCCAUUUGAAACUCGUCAGCUUCAUGUACCUGUACCAGAGAGUUGAUGUUUAGUCUGGGUCUGGAACCGAGUGCCAUUCGCCUCAAACAUAUACCAAAGUGUUAUCCGGACAGUUCAACAGCCAUAUAUACAGAUGUCCAUGUUAUUAUAUUAUAUUACUUUCAGUUGAGAUUGUAAAGAUUUUUUUAUAAACCUGUUCUUGUUAUCCUACAAUUGAAUUGAGGUGUUGUUGUAGUCGUAUAUUCGUCUCCAUCAAGAGAGAGUAAGGAUUGAAUGGCUUUUAUCCGACUUGGAGGAUAGUGAAUUUUAGCAGUCCACAUCUUUGUAUAUCUUCCAUCUGUGAUUAGCCGUGUUGGAGUACCCAGUUUUUGGAAUAUUGUGAUCGUGUUCUUAUUUCUGGAUUGUUUGGUAUGCCAACGGGAAUGGGAUAGCACACGACUUUACUGUUGUUUGUUGGGUUGAGAGAGGCUUGUAUGCUGUAUGUAUGCUGCCCACCCUGUUGUGGUUCCAAUUGAGUUCUAGUCUUGCUCCACUUAUUUUACUUCGUGCAGUUCGGUAGUAUCACUGACUCUCCCAUACACAUCUAAAGUGUGUCUCUGUAAGGCGAGUACAGGAAUCUGUAUUUGGUCAGUUGUGAUUGAUUUUAGUUGUGCGUGUAUUUCUGUUUGUUUUAGCUUAUGUACUCAACGGAAAUGAUAGAUAGAUGCUUGUAGUUUUCACCAUCAUACUGGUCUUGGUCUAGUUAGUUUCGUUUUUAUUUCUUUUCUCGUUAUUAUAACAGCAUUGGGGGGAGGGGGGAGGGAGGUGUCUGUAAUAUGGAAACAAAAAGAAUGGGAAUCGGCAAAAUAGCUUUUGGUGUUUAACGCAUUGGUUUAGAAUUCUUCGUAAAGAUUGUUUUUAUUAUGAUAUAGUGAUAAUGACAGUGUUAAAGGUAUGAAAUGCCUAGUUUGUUCCAUGCAGAUUGUACGUGACACGUAAAUGAAUGAGUUGUUGUCUCAAUCUCCCUUGUUCGCAAUAAAGUGUGAAUGAAAUCAAUCUAUUAGUAUUUCGCUGCAUAAUAGGCUAGGUGGUGAAGUACGGAUGCUGAGAUAAAUGAUGAUUUUCAGUGAUGUCUUGUUGAUAUUUUCGUGUUAUAAGUCGGUUUGUUUGUUGCUUCAAGGCAUUUGUUAAGGAUGAUUUUGUGGGUGAUAAUGAAUUUUCUAUGUAAGUAUUUACUUAUAUUUGAUAAGAACUGUGAAAGUAACUUGUUUCGUUAAUGUAUAUUGACGUUCAGUUUAAUGAGGUGAUGUGGUGAAUGUUUUCUAAAAUUGGGAUUUGAAAAUGGAUAAUAUGUCUUGGAAAAUACAUGAAGUUCUUGGAGAAAAGCAGAGUAAGUUAAGGUUUUAUUGAUUUUGUUGUGAGAUACUUUUAGUUUCUAGAGAUUCUGUUCACUGAAUGAAAGUGACUUAUAUAAGCCACUAUCUAUCACACUAUCUCUCCCAGAAUUUAUGUAUUCUUUACUUUCACUGAAUUCGUCUUGUCGAAUGAGAAAGUGGUAAUGUUUUUUUAAAUGUAUUAAUCAUUUAAUAUACUAACAGAAACUGAAUAUGUUACACCACUAAUUAUAAUGAUGCUGUCUUGCUUGCACAUGAACAGACGAUAUUGUCGUCAAAGUUGGAAGACUGAUCGAAUGAGUCCAUUUUCUCAUAUUUGCUUAACUUAUUUCUUUAUUCAUUGUACUUAGAGUUAAACUACGUUAUUUAAGAUAAUAUCCUUUUUUAAUUUUUUUGAAGUUACAAGACUUAUCUAAUAAGAGUCUGAAUAUAAAACUCAAUUAUUUUAGUGUUAACAUUGAAUAUAUUCACUGAUAUUAUUUUACUAGGUAGAGUAUUUUGAGUUUUGACUUAUUUAUCCCUCCCUUCCCCACUUUUCUUCCCUUUUUAUCUGCUGGAAAUCUUCAGUUGUUUAGUAAAGCUUAUCUAUGAAAACUAUCUAUAUCACACCGAAUAUAUAAAAUUUUACUCCUGUUUCUUAAAAUUGUCUGUGUACUGAAAUGUUUAUUGUUAUCAUUAGAUUUUAACUUAAGCAAUAGACCUUAUACACACCUCAUUUACAUUGUGGAUGAAUAAAUGUCAAAAAUUAAUUUUUUAAAGCCAUUGAAAUUGUGAGCUAUUGUUUUAAUCAACUUUUAUAUUUAUGAAGAUUUUAAUCUGUAAAUUAUGAUUGAAAUUUAUCUGUACCUUUAAAUUUCAAUUAUUUUCGAGUAACCCGUUGGUCACUUUAAUGUAAUCAUCGUUGUUCUUUAUGGAUAGCUGUAUUAUCAUAAUCAUGCUACUAUAAAUGUGUAAAACUGUUGGGAUAUUCCUGUGAAUAUCCCAAAAAUGAUCUCGAACGUCAAGUGGUAUGUUUUCAGACUCUCCACAUAUUUCACAUGUUAUUUCCUAUUGGUCAUUAUUUACAGUUGUCCUAACUAUGACUUUCACAUGUCGUUUUCCUAUUGGUCAAUUUUGAGUUGUCCUAAUUAUAACCUUUACGUGUCCUUUCUUUCCAUUGGUUACUGUUCAUAGCCAUCUUAACUGUAUAAAUAUGCCUUGUCUGUAAAUCAUUUUUGUUCUGCUGCUGACCCCAUAAACAAUUCUUAUUCAACGGCUGUGUUCUGAUUUACUGGAGGUUGGGGAACAGUAUUGGGUCGUACUAGGAUAUCUGAAUUUGGUCAACAGCAACGCAAUAUCUCGCGACGUAACAAAAAACAUUCCCUACACACUUUUGAUUUGUAGAGGUUUCAAAUUUUUCAGAAAUUUUAAGUGUUUGAGUUUUAUCAUCAUUUAACUUUUUCUUUUUUUUCAGCGUUAUUAAUUAUUUUUUUACUAAUACUAUCUUUCACCUUUUUCUUAUCAAUUGUUUUCUGUCAGUCAGUAGCAUUUUUCAGUUCAGUUGAAGUUGAUACCUGCAUUCGUAAAGAGGCCAAAGAUGAUUGUGUUACUCCAUCAAAUUCUAGUGGUUUGCAGAACGGUUAUGGAGUAUCUCCGGGUCAAUCCUUAACAAUGCAAGAUAUUCUUGACAGAACUGGAGGAUCUAUGAAGUUGUGAUGUAGAAUUAUAUUUUGAACUGUCAGAUUACUUUUUAUCUACUUUUGUAUAUUCUAUAGCGACUGUUUGCAAAUACUAUUUUUGAUUUAAAGGA